GGCAUGCUGUCUGGAGGCAGACACUGUGGUGGCCUGGUUAGGCUAGAUGCGUCACGGUCAUGCUCUUGGGUUCUACUUGUGUGGUGCUGUUUGGGGGCAGGUACGGAGACUGUUCUUGUGUGCAUAAAUGCAGCAGCAGCGUUGCCGCGUGCUUUGUCAUCAAUGCACACUGUGCGGUUUUCCAGGGACAUGCAUGUCUCCUACCCAAACAACCUCCUAUCCCAUCGAGCAAGAGGGUGUUGACACCGAGGUAGAUUUAUCUGUAUGACCCUCUGUUUCACUAUAAGUGAGCGGAUACCAGGGUGACAGCCAGCGUCAAGGGGCUAUUCCUGUGGUUGUUGCGAGAACAAAACCCAUGUUUCACCGUAUCUCAUCUUGAGACGUACGUCUAAGAUUCGUAACCUCCAGUGCUUAUUGAUGAACCCACCCAGACACCUCCUGCUAAGCAACACGGUGGCUUACCAGUUCCAGCUCAGCAAGAAAGAAAUGAGCUGGGUGGGUAAGCCAUCUCUCCUUCCGAUGCCCGUAUGCAAAAGUUGUUGUUGGAUAGCCUCUUGCCAGGCAAAGACUUCUCAUCCAUCUUAUCCUUCUUCUCGCUUCGACUGCCAAUGGCACAGCAACCGAGCUCGCUUUCUCUCUGGUUCUGGGCCUAAAUAUGCCGUUCGACUCAAAGCAUUUCCCAACCCGGUUGCAAGCAUCCAUACUUUACCUGUCUGUUGUAUGUCCAAGAUCGAGAACGAUCCGAUCGGGCUUGGGGGGGUCCUUUUGUAUCAUGAUCAUGGUUGCGGACGCAAUGUAUUUCCCGCUAACAUGUCUACACGUGCACACGAUGGUGAGCAUACCCCUCUGGCUAUGGCGGGAAGGGGUAAGAGUUUACGGCCAAGGUAGUUCUUGCGGGGGCCUGUGGCUUUAGAUCAUUCCCUAUGAGAAUAGUAUGCAAUAUGACAU